AUGCCCACCACCAGCAUUCCUACUGUCCUGGUAGACAACGGCGCGUCAGCAAUCAAAGCUGGCAUUCUCGGCGUACACGACGAACAACCCCGAGUCAUUUCAAAUGCCGUGGUCCGAGCUAAAGGCGACAAUGCUACCUAUAUUGGGCAUGAGUUAGCCAAGUGUCGUGACUGCACAUCUCUCCGAUUCCGUCUGCCAUUCGAGAAGGGAUUUCUUGUUGAUUGGGAUGCUCAAAAGGCCAUCUGGGAUGGUCUAUUCUCGACUGAGGUCCUUGGGAUCAACACGUCCGAGUCCUCUUUGCUGAUUACGGAGCCUUACUUCAAUCUUCCAAACAUCCAAGACGUCUACGAUCAGUUCGUGUUCGAAGAAUACGAGUUUCGAUCUUAUUUCAGAUGCACCCCCGCGUCGCUCAUACCAUAUGGCCAGCUCUUUGCUCAGUCAAACUCACCAACACCGGAGUGCUGGCUCGUCGUUGACUCCGGAUUUAGCUUCACCCACGUCGUCCCACUCCUCAACGGAGAAGUAGUAUGGGAGGCUGUAAAGAGAAUCGACGUCGGUGGGAAGCUCCUGACCAACCAACUGAAAGAGAACGUGUCAUAUCGCCAAUGGAACAUGAUGGAAGAAACACACAUCAUGAACGAAAUCAAGGAGGCUUGCUGCUUUGUGUCCGAGGACUUCGCAGCGGACCUUGAGACCUGCCGGAUGGCCAACGAGCGGUUCUCUAUCCCAGAGAUCCUUUUUAGUCCGACCGAUAUCGGUCUAGAGCAGGCAGGGCUCAGCGCGACGGUGGCGGCGAGCAUAGCGCUUUUACCAGACGAUCUGCAGGGUAUGUUUUGGGCAAACAUUGGUCUGAUUGGUGGCAACACCGCCAUGCCUGGCUUCCGAAAUAGACUGAUGUCCGAACUACGCUCGCUCGCGCCCAUCGACUGCGAGGUGGGGAUAUACGCCUCUGCAGAGCCGAUCCUGGAGGCGUACCGAUCGGCGCUCGCAUUCGCCGCGCGGCCGGAGUUUGCGCAGUGCGUCGUGACGAGGGAAGAGUACCAGGAAAUGGGCUCGAGCGCGUGCAGGCGCAAGUUUCGGGAUUGGAAGCCCGCCGUUGACAAGGAGCAGCCGCCGCGCGCAGGCGUGGGCAAGGGCGCAGCAGGGUCUUCCGCGCGGGGCUCGAGCGACAGCGAAGACGAAGACGAUGGUACACCACCCCCUGGUCAGCCGACGAAGAAACCUGGUCGUGGGAGAGGUAGAGGGAGGGGCGCACGAGGCGGCGGCAAGCGGGGUGCGUCGUAA